AGCACCGCGAACCUCCGUAGUUCAUAGCGUGUUUUAGAAGCAGCUGCACUACCCAUUGGUAGCUGCCACAAAACGUGAAAACGGACCCCGCAAAUUUCUCAGCUUUGGAAUCCAACUUUUUGAACGCAUAAAUUAGGGAACGCCUUGAACUCAAAAACAACGCAACGCCAAGUCUCAUACGAUCCAAUCUAACCAUCCUUAAGACAAUUUUGGCUGAAGACUUUGAUUCAAUGGGUGAAGCAAAGCAAUGUUCUUCUUCUUCUGUUAAUGGCAGCAGCAGCACCAUAAGUUCUGAAGCCCCAAAACCGAGGAAGAAAAUCUGCUGUGCUUGCCCUGAAACCAAGAGGCUCAGAGAUGAAUGCAUAGUUCAGCAUGGUGAAGACUCUUGUACAAAAUGGAUUGAAGCUCACCGUUUGUGUCUUCGUUCUGAGGGGUUCAAUGUUUGAUUGUGGUAAUUUUUAUUUUUAAAUUUUUUUAAAAAAAGGGGAUAUUUUGGAGGGAUAAUUGGUUUUGAAAUUACAUUAUUGUGUUUUAAAAUCUUAGUAUAAGGAAUGGAAUUCAUAGUUUCAUAAUUUAUUGUAAUGAAUCAGGAGGUUUUGUCCUGGUUAAUCUUCUUGCUGAAACUUUAAAUUGAAAUGACUGGUUGAUA